AUGUCGCUCGGCGAAGCUGAGUAUGAGAACAGCCGCCAGGAAGGUCUCACAGAAUUCGCGCCGCUGCUGGGCACGUCACCCGACAAUGGCAAUGGCAAUGGCCAAUCCAACGACCAUUCCCGGCUCCUCUACAGAAUCUACAUCGUGGUCUUCUGCGUCAACCUAGGAUUCCAGAUCCUGGCGCCAGCUCAGACCCAAAUCUACGAGACCAUCUACUGCGCGCAAUGGUACCGCCGCCACCCUCUCGACGCGUUGCCGCCCACCGGCAAGAUCCCCGAGGCCUACUGCAAGAUCGGCCCGGUGCAGACGCAGAUAUCGACACUCAAGGGAUGGUUCGAGUUCUUCGCCGCGGCCCCGGGUCUCGUCAUGAGCAUCCCUAUGGGGAUCCUCACCGAUGCCAUCGGUCGGCGGCACCUGAUGAUCCUCAACAUCACGGUCCUGUGCCUGACUCAAGUGUGGAUUGCCUUCGUCACCUGGUUCGACGGCCAGAUACCUCUUGCCGCGAUUUGGCUGGGUGCCGGUCUCAACCUCGUGAGUGGAGGAGUUAUCGUGACAGAGCUGCUUUUUGUGUGUAUCUUGACCGACAUUAGUCGGAGUGACAAAGUGGUAGAGACGUUCUUCCGCUCAACCGCCUUCGGACACUUCAGCAAGGUCAUCGGACCCCUCUUCGCAGCAGGCCUUAUGCGACGUGAUCCGUGGCUCGCCAUUUAUCUGGGACUCGCACUGCUGGUCAUCACCGUCGCCCUCGUCACCACCCUCCCAGAAACCUUGCAUCUGCAAGGGAACGACCAGACUAAAGCCGGGCAGGGAGAUCAGGCUACCACGACUUGCGCAGAUUCUCAGGGCGGCGACAGCAGCAGCAGCAGCAGCACUAGCUUAUGGCGACAACUCGAUCUGGGCCGGCUGGUCAAGAUCUGGAGCGACUGGCGGCUCAUCUUCGUGGCGCUGACGUACCCGUUCCGGCUGGUGUGCUACGCGCUGAGCGACCUGCUGCAGCGGUACGUGUCGGACCGGUACGGGUGGACGCUUGCGGACGCGACGUUGAUCUACGCGCUGCAGGCGGUGGCGGCGGGCGUGGUGCUGUUCACGCUGCUGCCGUGGGUGUCGGGCCGGCUGGACACGAAGUUCGUCUUCAGCCCCGUGCAGAAGAACGUGGUGCUGUCGCGCGCGUCGCUGGCCGUGCUGGUCGUGGCCUUCACCGUCAUCGGCCUCGCGCCGCACCCGGCCGUCAUGGUCGUGGGCCUGCUGAUCGAGACGCUGUCGACGGGGUUCCCCGCCACGCUGCGCGCCCUGGCCGCCGCCCUGAUUGACGCCCACGACAAGGGCCGCGUCUUCUCCGUCCUCGCCAUCGCCGAGACCCUCAGCAUCAUGCUCGCCUACCCCGUCACCGCCGCCCUGUUCAACGCCGGCCUCGACCGCCGCGGCGGGCCCUGGCUCGGCCUGCCCUACGACGUCAUCGCCGUGGCUGCUGCCAUCGCCUGUGCCGUCAUGUGUCUGGUGCGCUUCGAGCCGCCGUCACAGCAGUCUGUGCGGGCGGUAUGA